AUGGCGGGGAGCUGUGAGUGGAGGUGGACGGCAGGUGCAACCCCGGUCGGAGCUCUAGCACGUGGCGAUAAGAUACAGAGCCGGUUGCGGGCAGCUCCCAUUCGACGUUCCUCACGGACCGCUCGGGUGAGCGACGUGUCGCUGUUCUGGCAUGUUUUCCAAUGGAAAUAUGGAGAGGCUGGCAAAUCAAAAGACAACUCAUCAAAUGCAGUCGGGGAAACCGCAACGGCAACCGUAGAUUGGAGCGAUAUAGCCGUUGUUUAUGCGGCUGCUGCUGGCGAUGUUUUGAUCUGCAAGUCCCAGCCUCCUGGAUGCGGAUUGGGCACGCGAGGUGAUGACCGGUGCCGGCGAGCUGUGGGAUGCGGCGGCGGCACUACCACACGCGGAGUGGACCGGGUCUACUUUACAUUCACGAAGAAUCACGACGAUCAGCUCCCGGCGCCUCGCGAGCAAACCCAGGCUGCGAUGACGAGCUGCAGCCCAGCCCAGCCCCCCGGCGGAGCACGCGCCCUGCCCGCGGCUGCAGCUCUGCUUACACCGGGCCUCCUGACCUUUGUUCGCUCGCCUCUCAUGGUGCUUCCCUCUCUCUUCCGCAAGUCUUCCAAAUCAGCGCAGCCCGAAGCCCCGAAACUCGCCCCCGGCAAGCAACCGACAAAAAGUAACCCAGGCACCCCUCCCUCGUCGCCCGACAAAAAGUCCCACUCCCGCGUAAAGGAGCGCGAGCGCGAACGCCGCUCUAGUUCCUACUCGUCCAAGCGCUCGUCCAAAUACGACCGCGACUCCCACCCGCUCAAUCUCCCGCCCGACGAGCUCCGCAGGCUCUCGUCGUCCGCCAUGUCAGCCAUGGCCGACCAGCCCACGCCCCAACCCAUGGACAUCGACCGCGAAUUCACAGCCUCGCCCACGCCCGCGCCCUCUAGCCCGGCCGCUGCACAGGCCCCGGGCGCGUUCCCCAAAUCCAACGGCGACGACUCCCGGCCAGCGCCCCCGCCGCACCGGUACACAACGAGCCCCCCGCCAGAGUCUGCCAAAUACGCGGCGACCCCAGAAGAAUCAUCCCCGCCUGCGCAGCCCCCCACCAUCGACGCCGAGGAGUACAAGGCUGCGGGCAACAAGUUCUUCAAGAUCAAAGACUACCCCGCCGCCAUCAAAGAGUACUCGAAAGCCAUUGAAGCCGCCCCUCAAAAUGCCACCUACUACUCGAACCGCGCCGCCGCAUACAUGUCCUCGAACCGUUUUGUCGAAGCUUUGGAAGACUGCAAGAUGGCGGACGACCUGGAACCCGGCAACAUGAAAGUCGGACUACGAUUAGGCAGGGUGUACACUAGUCUAGGGCGGCCCGAUGAGGCGGUCGCGGCGUUCAACGCUGUCAAUGCCACGCAAAAGGAUAUGCAGCCUGCGCUCACCAUGCAACGGCACCUACAGCAGGCCGAGGACACGCUGAAGAGUGGUGGCGCAGGGUCCAUGGUCAUAUACGCACUCAACGAGGCUGAGCGAGGGUUAGGCUCCAAUGUGGAAAGGCCGCGGAAGUGGAACCUCAUGCGUGGAGAGGCACACUUGCGGAUGGGCAACAUCAAUGCUCUCGGCGAGGCACAGAAUGUUGCUAUGAACCUGCUCAGGCGGAACAAUCAGGAUCCGGACGCACUCGUGCUCCGUGGUCGCGCGCUCUAUGGUCAGGGCGAGAACGACAAGGCCCUUCAACACUUUAGGCAAGCGCUGAGCUGCGACCCUGACUUUAAGGACGCUUUGAAGUACCUGCGGAUGGUGCAGAAGCUCGAGCGUACAAAGGAGGAGGGUAACACCGCAUUCAAGUCUGGUCGUAUUCAAGAGGCUGUGGACACCUACACCAAGGCGCUGGAAAUCGAUCCUUCGAACAAACAGACCAAUUCCAAGAUCCUGCAGAACCGGGCUUUGUGCUACAGCAAGCUAAAGAAGUGGACAAACGCUAUUACAGACUGCGACAAGGCACUCGAGCUCGACCCCGGCUACACAAAGGCAAAGAAGACCCGGGCAAAGGCAUUGGGUGAGUCUGGUAAUUGGGAUGAGGCCAUCAAGGAGCUCAAAGCUAUCCACGAGGCCAACCCUUCAGAGCCCGGCAUUGCAAAGGAGAUCAGAAAUGCAGAGCUCGAGCUGAAGAAGAGCAAGCGAAAGGAUUACUACAAGAUCCUUGGUAUUGAGAAGGACGCUAGCGAGUCCGAAAUUAAGAAGGCUUACCGCAAGCUCGCUAUCGUACAUCACCCCGACAAGAAUCCCGAUGACGAAACCGCCCACCAAAGGUUCCAAGAGAUCCAGGAAGCUCACGAAACUUUGAGCGACUCGCAAAAGCGCGCUCGCUACGACUCCGGCGAGGAUCUUAUCGACCCCUCCGAAAUGUUCGGCGGUGGCGGGGGUGGCUUUGGAGGCGGCAUGGGCGGAGGCAUUGACCCCGAGAUUCUCAUGCAGAUGUUCGGAGGUAUGGGCGGUGGCCGAGGGGGUGGUGGCGGCGGCUUCAGCUUCCAGGGCGGUGGCGGUGGUGGCAGCCCUUUUGGUGGUAUGGGCGGCAUGCCCGGUGCUGGAGGCCGAAGAGGCCAGCAAUUCCAGGGCGGCGGAUUCCCCUUCUGA